AUGACCGCCGCAGCUCUGAUCAACGACCUCCCCGAGGCGAUUCUCACCACCAUCAUCGCCUUGCUCUCCGACACCCGUACCCGCAACUCUGUCGCCCACCGCCUCUGCCUCGCCUUCCCCUCCGUCACUUCCCUCACCGUCUACUUCCGAUCCUCCUCCACCGUCGAGAUCGUCUUCAGUCUCUGGCCGCGUUUGCGCCGCCUCAAGCUUGUCCGCUGGCACCAGCGCCCGCAGUCGAAUCUCGGCGCCGACUUCGAUCCUCUCUUCCAGCAAUGCUACGCUCUCUCUGAUUUGGACUUGUCGGAGUUCUACUACUGGACCGAGGACCUCCCUCCGGUUCUGGAAGCCCAUCCCAACGUGGCCAGGUCACUCACUAAGCUCAAUCUCCUUACGGCGUCGUUUACAGAGGGUUUCAAAGCCACCGAGAUCAGAUCGAUCACCGUGGCGUGGAGUUGA